AGUUAAUUUUAGAAAUAAUGUGGAUGUGGCUACUGUGAAUAAAUAAACGCAGGAGGCUGUGAUACUGCAUCAAACCAUCCUUUGGAGUCAAGUAUCUUAUCAUAUAUGGAUCAUUAGCUACAAUAAUGCAAAUAUUUUGGAUGAUCUACAGAGUACUAUUCGCUACAGACAGAGGGAGCCAAGAUAGCUAUUCUAGAGCUGUAGAAUGAGAUAAAUCUUAUUUAGGCUUUGGCUUUGAUGUGAUUUGAAACUUCUUUGGAGGGUACAUAAACCCAUUUACCUUUGGCUUUAAUAUCAUUACAAUAAUAUGUGGUGGUGUCUCUGCUAGUUGAGGUAUUUAUGUUUGGCUGUGAGACUUUCCCUUUCAUUGGACAGAACGGUACUUUUAUAUUCAUUUCAUAGUCUCAAUAUAUUACCAACUCCAUGCCAUAAUAAUUCACGUUAUCCUCAGCGACCGAUGGUUAGUAAUCACAAUCCUUGGUCUCUCAGGAGCCCAUGCUAACUUAUCUCUAAACGUGAUGCUCGGUUUAUUCCUGUUAGACGUAGAGCAAAAGUACCGAAGGAAGAGAGAAACUAAUGCACGGUAUUAUCUCCUGAAUGAAGAGGAGUAA